AUGAUUUCAAAUAAUAAAUUUACAAGUAGUGAUGACCUUUCAUUAGUUAAUAAAACUAAAUAUUCAGAUGAAGAAUAUUUAGUUCGUGUCAAAUUGGCAGCAACUUAUAGAAUGGUCGCACAUUUAGGAUGGGAUGAAUUGAUUUAUAAUCAUUUAACAGCAAGAGUACCAGGUACGGAUCAUAUGUUAUUGAAUGCAUUUGGAAUGAGAUUUGAUGAGGUUACAGCAACAAGUUUGGUAACAAUCGAUAUGGAUGGAAAGAUCAUCGAUGCCGGUAGUACCGAUUUGGGUAUCAACAAAACUGGUUAUGUAAUUCAUGGUGCAAUUCAUAAAGCUCGUCCUGACAUUCUCGCAACAAUGCAUGUACAUCAAGAAGAUACUGUUGCAGUAGCAUGCUAUAAGGAAGGUUUAUUACCAAUCAGUCAAAACUCUUUUAUUAUUGGUGAUAUCUCUUAUCACAACUAUGAAGGUAUUUCAAUCAAUGCUCAAGAACAAGAACGUAUCGUUAAAUCGUUGGGACCUGUAAAUAAGAAUUUAAUUCUCCGUAAUCACGGUAUCGUUUCAUGUGGUAAUUCCAUCGAAGAAGCUUUCUUUUUCCUCUAUCAACUCGUUAAAACUUGUGAAAUCCAAGUUAAAAUGUUAUCAAUGGUUGGUGGUGAUAUUUCAAAAUUAGAUAUUCCAGAUAAACAAAUUAGAGAUUUUUCAACUCGUACAGCUGCUUCUUUCACCAAACAAGGAAAUGGUAAAAAAGAAUGGAAAUCUUAUUAUAGAAUUGUUGAAAAAUUAGAUGAUUCUUUUAAAAAUUAA